CUCAGUGGUGUAUAAGAGAGCGGGUCACAGAGAAGCUGAGAGACACCAUGGACACGUCACAGCGAGCGUCCCGUGCUGCGUAUCGCCUGGUGGUGGUGGUGGUGGUGCUGUGUUGUCUGACAGAAGUGAACGGCAGGCAGGUGGAGAGGAUACCGAGGGCGGCCCGCCACACGCCCGCCCUGCGUCACACCCGCAUCGUGGGAGGCAACGUCACCAGCCAGGGCCAGUUCCCCUCCGUGGUGGCGCUGUAUCACCACUCUCUGUUCGGCAAGUCCUUCAUCUGUGGCGGCACUCUGCUCAACACCAACCACGUCCUCACGGCGGCGCAGUGCCUCGACGGGUACUCGGCUUCCUCCCUCGAGGUGGUGGCGGGGGAGCAAGACCUGGGCCACACCUCGGGGCUGGAGCAGAGUCACCGCGGCGCCCUCAAGGUGACGCACGACUUUACCUCCACCACGGGAGCCAACGACAUCGCCAUUCUCAGGACAUCAGGACACUUCAUGCUGGCGGAAGGCUUGGUGGAGAUGGUGCCCUUGCCUCGGGACUACCAGACGCCCCCCGCCAUGUGCACGGCUGUGGGCUGGGGAUACACUCAGUACGGCGGCAGCAUCAGCAAAGACCUUCGUGCCGUGGAGCUGCCGACCCUUACUGACCAGGAGUGCACAGACGUGUACGGGCCGGACCAAGUGAUGCUAGACAUGAUGUGUGCAGGGUACAUGGGAGGCGGCUCGGGCGUGUGCAAUGGUGACGCGGGCGGUCCCCUGUUCUGCGAGGGUGUCAUGAUGGGCAUCACGUCGCGGGGGCUGCACUGUGAUAACUACCCCGCCAUCUUCACCGAGGUGUCCCACUACCUCGACUGGAUCAGGCUCAACAGUGACGCGUAGACGCUUCUAGGCACCGCUGCUGCAGCCUGAGCGAGUGAGGCAGUUGUGUGCUGACGGGGAGCCUUACUCUGUCCAUCCACCUCCCAAAUGUUCACUUUUUUUACUCUUUUUUUUUACUUUCUCCCAUUCCUAUUCUGCUAACUUCCCUAAUGCAAUAGCUAACCAGUGUUCCUUGUCUUUCAUCCCCUUUCUUGGUAAAGUCUGUAACUCUGUGCUUGCUUCUGUAUUUCCUCUUGCCUAUGACUUAAACUUCAAGAGGGAGGUUUACACUUCUCGUAUUUUUUUAUAUUUUAUUGGACUUUUCUGUUUUGGGUCUGACAUCUUCAAUGGACCUUUCCCCGCCACCCCCUUUUUUUGGGUGCUCUUGUCCAGUCCCUCCUGCAUAUAUAUAUAUAUAUAUAUAUAUAUAUAUAUAUAUAUAUAUAUAUAUAUAUAUAUAUAUAUAUAUAUAUAUAUAUAUAUAUAUAUAUAUAUAUAUAUAUAUAUAUAUAUAUAUAUAUAUAUAUAUAUAUAUAUAUAUAAAACUCUUGAUCUGUCUUCUAGUUGUUUUUAUUUAGCACGGGGUACCUUUCUUCCUUUGUUUUUUUUUUUUUUUUGUGUGUGUAGAAUACUUUGAAGUAGUACCCAAGUACCCCUGCUUCUGUCUUUCUCUUCCUUUUCUUCCUUCUGUCUACCCAGUAAUACACAGAUACCCUCAAUUUCCUUCUCCUUAGCACGGAUCACACAUAAUUUAUGAUAGCAUUACGAGUAAGUUAUUCUCUCCAUAACCGCGCCAGCGUUCUGAAGGACUUUCGUUAAGGGCAACAAAACUGAUGAGGAAACAAGCCAACAGAAGGUGACAGUCCCUAAAGAACACAACCCUGCUAUUAAAUUCAACUACAGCAA